GGCUCGGGCAGGGCGCCCCGGUUACGUAGGUUACGCAGGUUACGCGUCCAGCCGGUCCCCCGGGGCCGCCGGGAGCCCGCGCAGACCGCUGCGCCCUCGCUCCGCCGGGGGCCGCGAUGGUGCGGGGCCGGGGCUCGACGUGGAGCUGAGGACGGUCGGGCCGACGCGCGAAGCCCGUCCCCGUCCCCGCCGUCGUGCUCGGGGGCUCUCGCCCUCCGUUCCCAGCCGUCGGGGGCCCGCGUGACCCCCGCGGGAAUGUUCAAAAAUGAGUACCAGGGAGGUGCAUUUGUUGAAAUCUUUAGCGCUCAGGGCAAAAAUCCUGGAGCAAAAUGGAAGAUCGUUGGCAGUCCGUCUGUGAUUUGGAAGGAGUUUGAUAAAGAAGUUAAAAGUUUUGUGUUUGUCCUGGAAGGCAGCAGCCAAACAAACAAAAUUCAGUUACCAAGGGAGAAUAAGCAAAUCCUUGGAUUGAUCCAGAGGUUUCUUGUACUUCAGAUUUACAUACCCCUGGGACAAGACUUCUCCACUGAAUUGCUCAGUUUCAGAUUCCUUGCAUUGUUAAACUCCUUUAAGCUGGUCGCAGUUUGUGGUGUGGUAUACUUCUUUUGGGAGAAGAAGGAGAUACAGGUGCUUUAAAAUUGAAUUACUGAUUUAGGGAACAUUAAAAGAAGAUUGUAUUUAUCAACGGUCCAUAAGGAACUGUCCUCAACUCCUCUUCAUGCAAAAAUCCCACUCUUCAUGAUCAAGCGCAAAAUUUGGUGCAAUCUGUGCAUAGACUUGGUAGCAUUUACCAGUGAAAUAUUCAAGGGAGCAGUGUUCCAGUCAUUGGAUGGAAUUAUUGUCUCAGCUAACUGUAAGCUACGGAAGAUCUUCACUUUAAAAUGCAAGCCUCAAGACACUGCUGAUAAAGAUGCUGGGAAAGCUGUUCCCUUUCCAACAGAUGAACCUACAGACAUUAUUCCACGGAGUUGCCAACUAACGACAGAUGUUCCACAAGUCACACAGCUGCUAAACAUGACUAAACUCCGCCAAACUGAAAUAAAAUUUGGUGGUCAUCCUCUAAGUUCCGCAGAAUCAGAUCAGUUCAUUAACAGGGGAACAGGUAGUACGCGGAACAGCAAACACCAAGAUGUUUGUCAUAUCGCUUUCGGAUCCAGAGUUCUGGGACCACCUCCACUCUCUGGCAGGAGGAAUAACAUGAGGAUAUCCAGUGAGACAAUAAGAUCCGUUGGGUCCAGAAAUACUCGAUCAUGCCAACAGUCUGUGGCCGAUAACUGUGCUAGCAGUACAGAGAUGGCAGCCUCACUGAGGCCUCAGUUUGAAGAGCAAGCAGAUAAAGAAAAUAUUUGCCAAAUAAAGCAAACUGUACCUGUUCAUGCUGAUCUGCAUGUUAUGCAUCCACAUCCCCCUCAAGAACCAUCAGCAGAUAAGAAUAAUAACAGGAGAAGAUUACGGUUAAAAAGCACCAGCAGAGAAAGGACAGAAGCACACAGCGGCAGUUCUUCAGGAAAUAACAGGAAUGAAGAUAAAGCAACAGCUACCCUGUUGAACAGCGGGUCCCAACAAAGCACGGAGAUGAAUUCCAGCUCUCCAGCACCGCCAUCUCCUGAUCAAACAGAUGAGUGGAUAUUUCCUGAAAACCAUGAUCGUAUUUCCCAUUUGGCGUCCAGGAGACAGUCUCUCCUUCCAGAUGAUGACUCCUGCCACACUUCACACCUGUGGCUAGAAGCCAACAGGGAAAGUGAACAUGGCCAACUGGCAGAGGAAACUCAGGUUGUUCUAAAGGACAUUUUCACUUUUUCAUCAAGACCACGGUCAGCACCUCAUGGAAAAACUCAGAAUAUGUCCCCAGAGGGAUGCCCAUUUAUUUUGGAUCUAAAAGAGGAUAUCAGCAUGACAAGAAGAGACACUGAAUCAGAGGAUGACUUUUAUGGCAGUGACAGCAGCGAAGAGGAUAACAACAGUAUCCAGGGCUCCCCGAGUCCAGCAGCUAGUCCUUCAGGGUUAACUCAGUUAACGUUAGAGAGCACGUUGGGGAAGGCUGCAAGGCGAACAGAUAAAGGACCUCUAAAAAGUGCCUACGCAGAAGCAGGAACAUCAGAAAGCCAGAAUUCCUUGGCAAAGCAGAUAGAUAGAAAAGACUUUCAAAGGAGCAUGGUGCCUACGCCAUGCCUUUCUCCCCCUGGAAGAAGUGAAUCCUCUCAGAAAAUUCCAGAUCCUCUUAUCAAAGCAAAGGACCGGCCAACCCAUCAAGUACCAGCUUCAAUAAAUAAAACCUUGCUCAAGGAGAUCUCAGGGGAAAAGUUGAGACUGAUUCCUGAAGUAUCUGAAAGAAGAGAAGGCAGCAGCUGUAUCAAAGGGUCCUCCGAGAAAGAAUAUGAUUGGAGAAACUAUCAGCCCAGCCAGAUGAGUGAAUCUGAGUUGCAAAUGCUGGCAAGCCUGCGUCGGCAACAGAAUGAAGAACUGGAGGACACAGGGGCUUCCCACGGCCUGAGUGCAUCCCAGGUGGACAACUGUAACGUCAGCAUCAGUACCAGCAGUGAUGAUACAACCACUUGGAACUCCUGCCUGCCACCUCCUGUCAACCAGGGUCGCCACUAUCAGAAAGAAAUGAAUCCACCUUCUCCUUCUAACCCCCGGGACUGGUUAAAUAUGUUGAGCCCACCGAUUGUUCCUUCCAGUCGACAGCCAACAGACCAGCAUCCGGAUUCUUCUGGAAGCUUGAGUGCCCAAGGUGAAGACGACCCAAGUGUGGAGGAGGAUGAGGAAGUGCUGACUCUGCUGUAUGAUCCGUGUCUGAACUGUUACUUUGAUCCCCAGACGGGGAAAUACUACGAGCUGGUGUGAGGUGACCCCGCUUCAGGGCCCAGAAUGGCCAUGUCCAGGUGGGCCCACAGGAUCCAAAGCAAGUGAGAGAAAUGAAGUUAUUUUGUAAAUAACAUUCAAUGUUAAGGAUACCUCCAUUUUUUUUUUGUAGAUGCGUGUGAUUUUUUGGCAGUGAAGGAAUUAAUACAGAGACAAGAUUUUAGGACUUUGCAUUGGUUCUUACUGCUUAGUUCUCACCCUAUCUUUUUUUUAUUGCCUUUAUCUUAUGGAAGCAAAUUAAGAGUUAUUAAUUCAAACUUUUUGCAGUGUUAAUCUGUAAAUGAUGGCUUGAUACACAGAAAUGUAUUCUUGUUUAAUAAGAUAUCUGGGUACCUUUAUUACCUAUUUGUAUUAAAAAUAAAGUAUGAUGGGCAAAAGAA